CAUCUGGGCGUGGCCUUCAGCUUCUUAACGCUUUUGUGGGUAACUUGUGAACGCUGCGUUUUAGAGCCGCAUAGCGGUUUAUCGGAGAGACUUUGAGCCGUGCUUUUAGCAGGAAAACACAACAAUGACUUCGACGAACACUUUUCAGGGUCUUGAGGACGGUGGGAAACCGAGUUCGAGGGUUUUGCGUCCUCCUGGUGGAGGCAGCAGCAACAUAUUUGGUGGCUAUGAGGAUGAUGCCGGUGCUUCGAGACGAACAAACAAGAUGGCAUCAUCAAUAUUCGCGCCUGCACAGGAGGAGCCUCAAGGAGGCCCCAAACGCUCCAACCCUCCAGGUGGAAAGUGCAGUGGGAUUUUUACCGAGCCCGAGUCUUCUUCCCCACGGCAUAAACCUCAGGGUGGAGUGACUAACAGCAUCUUUGGAGGGCCAGAGCCAAACCAACCUACAGCAAAAAGUCACCCCAACAAACCAAAGGACAACAUAAGUUUGGGUUCUGCAGUCACUGUUGCAGCACCAGCGCCUCAACCGAAGAAGCCAAAGGAAGUGAAGGAGGUGGUCGUCUCUCCUCGGGAAACCCCAACGAAAGAUGCUCCCCCCCCUGAGCCCACAGCCAGCCGGGAUUCUGAGCCGUCCCCCAAACAGCAGUCAGAGAAGGACCACGAGCCGCGCCUAGGCCCUCUGCCACGCUCGCACAACAGAGUGCUCAACCCGCCUGGUGGAAAAUCUAGCGUGGUCUUCUACUGACCCGUGUUGUGUUUUCUGUCUUCUCCUCCCUCUAUAUCUCUCUCUCUUCUGUCUUAUUAACAUUGCUUCUUCCCUUUUUGAUCACCUACAUUCUUCAUGUUCAAUGCAUAUGUUCUGUCUUAGUUUUUCUUCUUGCACUUUCUAACUCAUUCCUAAAACAACCCUCUUCCUUGCUGUCUGACGGUUUGAAUAACGGUCGCGCUCAAUCAAUCAAAUGGUUCCUUUCUCAUCAAUCACACUUGGAGGUUGAUUGUUUCAUGGGAAUGUGCUCUCUGAAGUUGCUAUUGUAUAGUAUACAAGUCUGAUGACGAAAUGUAAAGUGUGUUUGUGUGCAACGGUAAACUGGAACCACUGUCAUAAUAAUGGCGCAUGCAUGUAAUUCAGUCUGAGUGUUUUCUCAUGCAGCGGGUUCACAAUCCCCGUCCCGCUGCACUAAAACAUUUCAGCCAGGUGCAUUAGGAAUGUAGACAAUACAAAACCAGCAAAAUGUCCUGAGGACUGAAAAGUUUUGUUCUAGUCUAGCUCUGAAACUGUGCUGUAAUCAGCUCCAUAAUAGUGUGAUGACUUUUCCCUUUGUUUUUCCUCUUCUUUUCAGAAAUUGCAUUGUCACUGGGUUUCUGAGCAGUAUAGGGAUGUAUCUAUUAGCAGUGUGCGUCGUCAUGUGCUUAAUAACGCACUGUUAAAGGAGAAGCAGCCCAAUAAUACCAAAAUAAAUGCAUGUUGAAAACUAGAACCAAAAAAAAAGCCACAUGAUUGGAUUGUAAUGCUCACAUAGAGUAGCACAAGAUGCCAGCUCCUGAUUAUUCACAUAUACCGCAUGGAUUCUUUAGCAAAAACUAAAUCAAGGCAUUUUGGUUAAGAAAUAAAAAAAAUUAAAAAUGAAUAACAGAAAUAUUCUCUUGCAAGAAAAUGCUCCGGAUAAACAUACGUUCUGAUUUUUGUAUCAAAUAUCAACAUUUCGUUUUCUCACUUGAAUCUGUUUUUUUCUUCAUACACCUUCAAGCUGCUUGUUCAAAUAAAAACUGCAGCAGGGAGGUACAUGGUGGCACACGUUUGUGUGAAUGUAUGUUUCUCACAUGCUGAUGGAAGCACUGCCCAAAGUGCCUGUGUAGAUGAAUGGCAAUGUCACAGAAAACUGUGUUACAAUAAACAUCUAUUUUGAUGAUU